CAGCACCAGUCACGAAUUCUUCUUCAGUCUGCUUUGUCUCCGAAGGAACCUUCCGUCGGAAGUUCGUCUUCCGGCGAAUGUGAGGAUCUUUCGAGUAUUUGCUGCAAUUUCACCGGCGGCGACCGGUUAGUUGAACCCUUAUUUGUAAACUACAAACCGGACCGGACAGGCAGCCGCUGGACCGGUCCGGUUUUAAAAGCACUGUCGAAAAAAGAUCUUCCCGGUCAUAGUUCAUAAAAAGAUACACGGCGGUCGGCGAGGCGGUUCAGGUGAUCGCCGGCGGCAUCUGCGGCCGCGAAGAUGGAAGCUCUUCUUUCCUCUGUAUGUCAAAAGUCACACUUUUUAGGCAGCUCAUGGAAAUCCAGCUACCAGGUUUUCGCCGAAGCUCUCAAAUGGGCGUUUGAUGAUUGCCACAAGGUGUUCGACGAAAUGCCCGACCGCGAUGCCGUCGCCUGGAACAUUCUCCUCUCCGGAUUUUCGUCUUCCAGGGACCACGAUUCCGAGGUCACGCGAUUGUUCAACGCUUUCCGCGCCGGUAAGGAUCCUAAACCGAGCUCUAUCACUCUCGCAAUUGUGCUCCCUGUUUACUCACGCCGCGGUAGUCGGAGUGCUGGCCGGAGUGUGCACGCGUACGCCGUGAAAUCGGGAAUGGAAUCAGAGACGCUGGUCGGGAAUGCUUUACUUUCAAUGUAUGCAAAAUGCGGAAGUGUAUUAGAUGCAUCUGCUGUUUUCCGGGGGAUUGCUGACAAAGAUGUUGUUUCGUAUAACGCAGCAAUUGCAGGAUUGAGUGAGAACAAGCUCAUGGAGGAUGCAUUGGACGUCUUUCGGGAGAUGAUCGAAAGCUCUGUAUUUCCUAAUUAUGCCACCAUUGUCAAUAUUCUGCCUGUAUGUUCUGCAUUAGGGGCCAGCAUUGGAUACCUAUUGGGGAAGGAGAUACACGGCUAUGUGUUGCGAAGAGCUGAGUUAGGCGGCGAAGUUAGCGUUGUAAAUGCUCUUGUAAGUCUGUAUUUGCGAAUCGGGUUGCUAAGGGAAGCAGAAUGUUUGUUCAACAGGAUGGAAUAUAGAGACUUGGUUUCAUGGAACUCUAUGAUUGCAGGGUGUGCUUUGAAUGGCGAAUGGUGGAAAGCGUUGGGGAUCUUUCGUGAUUUGAUUUGUACGGAGAUGACCGGAGUGGAUUCCGUCACCGUGAUCAGUGUUCUUCCGGUUUGUUCGCAGUUGGGCGAUUUAUUAAAGGGGAAGGAGAUACACUGUUAUGUCUUGCGUCGUCCUGCUCUAUUGGAAGACACGUCGAUUGGAAAUGCGCUGAUCAAUUUUUAUGCCAAGUGUUACUUCAUCGAAGCUGCAUUCGGUACGUUUUCUUCUAUUCCUCGGAAAGAUUUGAUUUCAUGGAACACUAUGCUAGAUGCAUUUGGAGUGAAUCUAUUCGAAUCCGAAUUUGUUGAACUAUUGCAUUGGAUGUUCUCUGAUAAAGUGAAACCCGACGCAGUUACUAUCUUAACUGUGGUUCAGUUCUGUGCUGCACUUUUAAGGCUACGAAAUGUUAAAGAAACUCACGGGUUUUCGUUGAAAUCCGGUGUUUUACACAGCCGCAGUGAGCCUACUCUUGGAAAUGCAUUGCUUGAUGCAUAUGCGAAGUGUGGGAACAUGAAUUAUGCAGAAAAAAUGUUCGAGAGUUUAUCCGGAAAGAGGAAUGUGGUGACUUGCAAUUCAAUUAUUUCGGGAUAUUUGACGCACGGUUCACACGUUGAAGCAAAUAUGAUAUUCGAGAGGAUGUCAGAGAGGGACCUAACAACAUGGAACCUCAUGGUGCGUGGUUACGCUCAAAACGAGCAUCCAAUUGAAGCUAUCGAUUUGUUUCACGAGUUACAUUAUCAUGGGAUCAGACCGGACAGCGUGACGAUCAUGAGUCUCCUUUCUGUUUCCACGCAAAUGGCGUCGGUACGUUUGUUGAGACAGUGUCACGGAUACAUCAUUCGCGCCUGUUUCGAGGACGCUCAUUUGAUUGCAGCUCUUCUAGAUUCGUAUUCCAAAUGUGGUAGCAUAAAUUGCUCGUACAAGCUCUAUUGCUCGUCUCUUCAAAAAGAUCUUGUUCUGUUCACAGCAAUGGUCGGAGGGUUCGCGACGCACGGAAUGGGGAAAGAAGCCAUAAGUAUCUUCGACGACAUGCUCGAGCACGGCGUCAAGCCAGAUCAUGUGGUAAUAACCGCAGUCUUAUCCGCCUGCCGUCAUGCCGGUCUUAUAAACGAGGGAGUGAAGGUUUUCAAUUCGAUUAAUCGCGUGCAUCGAAUGGCGCCGAGCAUGGAGCAGUAUGCAUGUGUGGUGGAUCUUCUUGCACGAGGAGGGCGGAUCGAAGAAGCGUUUUCAUUUCUAAACCAAAUGCCCGUCGAAGCUAACGGUAACAUUUGGGGAUCGCUGCUCGGGGCUUGUAAAACGCAUCAUGAUGUCGAUACGGGUCAUGUUGUGGCUGAUCAGCUCCUGAAAGUUGAGAACAGCGAUAUCGGGAAUUAUGUAGUCCUAUCGAACCUGUACGCUGCAGAUGCUAGAUGGGACGAUGUAUUGGAGAUGAGGAGGAUGAUGAAGACGAGGGAUAUGAAAAAGCCGGCUGGCUGUAGCUGGAUCGAAGUGGGGAAACGGAAAGAUGUGUUUGUCGCCGGAGAUUUUUCUCAUCCAGAGAGGAGUCGCAUUUAUGGCGUACUGAGUCAGCUGAACAAACAGAUCAAAGAUCUUUUCGAGACUCAUUUGGUAUGAAGAAGUAAUGCUUCUGAACUAAACAAAGGUGCUUCUGGUCAGGUUUGAAAGUUUCGAUCUUUGUUGAGUAUUCGAGUUUUAUUUUCUUGAUUCUUUUACGGAAGUGAAUAAAGGGAGCAUCGAUAGUUUUGAAUGUUUCCCUAUACAAGUCUUCCAAUACAAAAGCUUUUCUGCAAUUCCUGCGUGUAGUUUCUUAAGAAAGAUCUGCAUGUCUCAAAUUGCCAGAAACAGAUCUUUAAGGUUUCGAUUCGAGUUUGGGAAUAGUAAAAAUUUGAAUUAUAAUCAUGUUUGAUGUAAUAUAAAUUUGAUAAUAGUGCAGGAAUGUUCGUCGUGGGAGUCUGUUGCAAGCACGCGAACAAUAUAAACGGACUGUUUCCGAACUUCUUGAACGCCUGGAGCGCCUCUUCGUCAGCGGUCCAUUCAGGCGAGUCUCGUUGUCCGAGGAAAAUCUCAUCCGAGGAAUGUCUGGACAAUAUCUCGACCAGGGAAAUGCCAAGGAUGCUCUGCAUCUGGGAAGUGAUGGUCUUCAGGUAAGCUUUGUCGGGGUUCGUUUCGAGUUCUUCGUAGUCCGGAGUGCCUUUCUCUGGAAUGAGUCUUCGGCUGGUCGAUGGGCGGUUCGGGAGGUAGCCUCCGUAAGGGUACUGCCCGAAAUUGACGGCAGCGUGAAGGGCGGAUGCUACCCAUAUGAUGAUGGUGCAUGAUUGUACCAGAUCUUCUAUUGUCAUCAUUCUUGGCCACCAGGGCUCGUCUUUCUUGUCCGCGUGUCCCUUUUCUCGGAGCUCUGUCCACCAUUCUUGAAGCUCUGUGUCAUUCUGUACAGUCUCGUUGCUUUUGUAGUAAAUGGUGCAGUAGUCGUGAACCCAUGCUUUGAUUGCUCCCCAGACAUCUAGCCCGUCGACGGCGAAGGGAUAGUCCUCGAUUAGUAAACGGAUGCCGUGUGGAGAACUCGAGUCUUCGGCUGCCAUCCCUCUGAACAAGGGAGUGCUUGGUCGGGGAAAACCCAAUUCCUAUAGAUCGUAGACGACAUUUCCAUGGAAUAUUCGCCUGGGAAAACGGUGAUUUCAAGAAAUCCUCCGGCAUUUAUGAGUGUCUGCCGGCCCAGCGCAUUUAUAUUCAUUGUAUCUCGGAAAUGUGGCUGCAAUAACUUAUGUAUGGGGUGAAGUACGCUCAGCUGGCGGUUAGUGGCGAUUAUGAAUGGCUCGAUCGAAGCAUGAGUGUUCAACCUGGAACCAAAAACAACCGGCGAAAUUCAGACUUCUGAACGAAAUAGGCUGCCAAAGGGUAUGUUCGACUCCGUCAUCUGCUGGGGUGUAGACAGAACUUACUGCUCCGUGAUGGUCUCCAUCUUCAUGAGAACCGUAUCAACGGAGAGGAUUAUUUACUCGGAGGCGAUGGAUUACAACAGGGUUGAUUCCAGCCAGCAUUUCUCUUCCAAAUUCUUCAUCAGUUCUCCAAGCAAAUUUGUCCUCUGCAUCACCAAACAUAUGAAGGGAGAAGUAAAA